ACACGGUCGCGCGAAACAACAUACGUCAUCGUCCUGCGACACUCCCGGAACUGUCUAAGCGGCAGCAGUCAAGAUGGCGCAGAGUCCGGGCACGCGAGCUGAAAACCCAACCGGAACCGAGGCUUCGGAACCGUAACAGCUCUUCGCGAGGUCCACCGACAGCAGCCAGCGCUGUGCCGCGGGACGCACGUGCACGACUAGCCUGCAGCAGCGAUGGCAGAGCGGCGGGCGGAGGGCACAUGGAAGAGACAUGUGGCGGAGCAGCUGAAGCUUCGGGACCGAAUCCAGCGGCAGACUUUCGAGGAGAUGAUCCACCAAUACAACCGUCUGCUGGAGAAGUCGGACCUUCAGACCGUCCUCACCGAGAGGUACCAGGCCGACAAGUACGACGUGCAGAGGGGCCACGAGGCGGGGGCCGUGGAGGCGGGUCGCAGCGACGCCCUACUGCAGGAAAUGGCUCAGAUGAGGAUCCGGCACCAGGAGGAGCUGACCGAGCUGCACAAGAAACGAGGAGAGCUGGCUCAGAGUGUCAUCGAGCUGAACAACCAGAUCCAGCAGAAGGACAAAGAGAUUCAGAGCAAUGAAGUCAGGAUGUUGGAGCUCCAGCAACAGAUCUCCAGUCUGGAAGGGAACUGUCGGGAGCUGCUCAGCAGCCUGCAGGACCUGGAGCGGGCCAAUCAGACGCUGAAGGACGAGUAUGACGCCCUGCAGAUCACCUUCUCUGCCCUGGAGGAGAAGCUGAGGAAGACCACGGAGGACAACCAGGAGCUGGUGUCCCGCUGGAUGGCAGAGAAGGCCCAGGAAGCCAACCGUCUGAACGCCGAGAACGAGAAGGACAGCAGGCGUCGGCAGGCGCGGCUGCAGAAGGAGCUGGCGGACGCCGCCAAAGAGCCUCUCCCCAUCGAGCCGGACGAUGACAUCGAGGUUCUGCCGGAGGACGGGUCCAGGCCGGGGGGGGAGACGUCACCCAGCCGUGGCCACAGCAGAGCCUCCAGGAAAUCCUCGCAGGUGCCCCCUGCUGGCCUGCUGGACUCCAUCUCCAACAUCUUCGGCAGGAAGCGGAGCACCAACUCCUUCAGCUCCUCGCCAGAAUCCAACGAGACGCCGUCAGGAGUGUGUGCGGAGGUUCGAGUCCCGUCCACAGCGCUGCACGUCUUUGAGGCCCAUGAUGGCGAGGUGAACGCGGUCCGGUUCAGUCCUGGGUCUCGUCUCCUAGCAACAGGAGGGAUGGAUCGCAGGGUGAAACUGUGGGAGGUCAUCGCUGGUCGCUGCGAGGCCAAAGGCUCUCUGACGGGCAGUAACGCCGGAAUCACCAGCAUCGAGUUUGACAGCGCCGGUUCCUACCUGCUGGCAGCCUCCAAUGAUUUUGCCAGCCGGAUCUGGACCGUGGAGGACUUCAGGCUGCGGCUCCGCCAUCAACUCGGUGUCGUGGUCGCCGUCGGGGACAUACGUGGUCAGCGUGGAGAAGGGCAGCCGCGCCAUCCUGUGGUCUGACGUGUGAUUGGCUGCUGGCCGUAGCCAGCGAAGACUUCCAGGAUGAAGCUGCAGAGGACUCUCCACAUUUGGCUUCAGGAACUUUUAAUGUUGUUCAGUGUCGUUUUAACGGUGACAUAAAAAGGGCGGAGCCUGAUGAGAAUGAGGUUUUACCGAUGGCGCUCCUCACGACGGCGGCAAACGCCAGUGCAGCAGACGUUUCCACGGAGACCUUAAAGACUGCCAAAGACGGAGGAGAGGAGCGGGUUUGCUGACUCGGAUCAGAGUCGGACUCUAAACACAGCUGUAAACAAACAUCUGUGUCUGCAAACAGGAAGAACUUCACAAUAAAAGCCUCUGCAGAACCA